AUGAAGCUUGUCAACAAAAGCCUCGAACGCAACGGGCCCGGCUCCGUCAAGCUUGUGCCGCAGAUUGACGACGACAUGUGGGACGCGUACAACCUCAUCGCCGCCGGCGACACCGUGGAGGCCAUCACGGUCCGGAAGAUCGGAGGGCGCGACACGGAGCGCGUGAAGAUGACGCUGGAGAUCAGGGUGCAGUCCGUGGAGUACGACAAGGAAGCGUCCCGCCUGCGCGUCCGCGGCAAGAACAUGACCAAGAACGAGUACGUCCAGGUCGGCCAGUACCACACCCUGGAGCUGGAGCCGAAGAGGCCCUUCGUCCUACGGAAGGAGCUCUGGGACUGGCCGGCGCUCGAGCGGAUCGAGCAGUCGUGCGACGAGACGGCCGCCGGCGCCGACCUGGCGGUGCUCCUCAUGCAGGAAGGGCUCGCCCACCUGUUCCUCGUCGGGAGGAGCGUGACGGCCACCAGGGCCCGCGUCGAGGUGGCCAUCCCCCGGAAGCACGGCUGCGCCAUGGCCGCCUACGACACCGCCCUCAGGGACUUCUUCGACCGCGUGCUCGACGCCUUCCUCAUGCACGUCGACUUCGGGCUCGUCCAGUGCGUGGUGAUCGCCAGCCCGGGCUUCACCAACGACCAGUUCCGCAGGUACAUGUUCCACCAGACCGGCCUCCGAGGGGGCAUGCGAGACAUCACAGAGAACAAGGAGCGCAUCGUGCUCGCCAGCGCGGCCUCUGGGUACCCGCACAGCCUCAACGCCGUCCUCGCCGAGAAGAGCGUCAUGGCGCAGAUCAAGGACACCAGGGCCGCGCAGGAGGUCCCGGCGCUGCAGGAGUUCUUCGCCAUGAUGAUCAAGGACUCGGACCGGGCUUGCUACGGCCCCAAGCACGUGGAGGUGGCGCAUGAGCGGCUGGCCAUCAAGACUCUCUUGCUCACCGACACUUGGUUCCGGAGCCCCGACGUUGCUGCCAGACGGAAGUGCGUCGACCUUGCUGAGUCGGUGAAGAAACUCGGUGGCACCGUGCGCGUCUUCUCGUCGCUGAGUGUCUCCGGCAAUCAGCUGGACCAGGUGACGGGAAUAGCUGCCAUUCUUCGCUUUCCCCUGCCUGAUUUAGAUGACAUCGAGAUGUGA